AUGGAUAAAAAACAGGAUUUUUCCGCAAUUCAGGGGCCGGAUGGUAAAGAGCAGAAAAUAACUCUCACCCAAACCGCUGUCAGAGGAGUGUAUAUUCUGGAGUUUUUGCCCGAACGAGCAGGCACAUAUUACGUCCUAGUGUAUGUAAAUGGUAAACAGACCAGCGCAGCACCGCACGAAUUGCAAGUUGAACCGGUGGGCUUUGCUGACAAGUGCUUUAUGGAAAGUAAGCCAGCUGAGAAAAACUGGCUUAUUGGAGAGCCAAGAACUUUCACGAUAAAUGUUAGACAUGGAGGCAAGGGAGCACUGAAUAUUGUAUCGAAUAAGGAAUUGGUGACGAAACUCGAGAAAGAUGAUGCUUAUUACACGGUAACGCUGACACCCUGCGUGGAAGGCCUCCAUCAGAUUGCUGUAUUGUAUGGCGGUAUUGAAAUACCAAACGCAUCAUUUAGUUUCGAGGCAGUAGUAUCACACGAAAAUGGAGAUCGCCUAGUGCAACCAAAAGAAAAUGAUGCUGAAAAAUUGCUGUUGCGGCGGAGUUUCCGAUUCGUUAUUACGUCAGAAUAUCAGUUUGAUAAGAUUUCGGCGUAUGUCGAAACUCCAACUCGUGGAAGGGAUGUUGCGGAGAUAAAGGAGAAUGGCGAUGAGAGCGUGACGAUAACCUAUGAGCCAAAGGAAUGCGGAAGUCACUUGCUGGUGGUGCUGCACGAAGAAAUUGACAUGGUCGGAAGUCCGGUCCCGUUUUACGUAAGUGAAACAGUGGAUGGAUAUGUGACGGCAUACGGUCCUGGCUUGUCACAAGCGGUUGUCGGUGAACCAGCUUGUUUCACUGUUUGUGCGAGAGGUUCGCCUGCCCGAGACCUUUCGAUUGCUGUAGAAGGUGUUUCGAAAGCAACAAUCAAAUGUAUUGAUAAUUUGGAUGGAACAUGUUCUGUGACCUGGGUACCACCCGUUGUUGGUGAGUACAAAGUUCAUGUGAAACUUUGUGAAAAACCAGUCGCCGGCUCACCAUUUCGUGUGUUCGCAUCGGGUGAGACACGGAAACGAGCGCAUCUGUCAUAUGGGUCGGCCUCUGAGGUUACGCUUAAUGUGGCAAGUGAAGAGCUCAGAGGGUACUCUGCUUCGAUCAGAAGUCCGAGUGGCAUUGAGGAACCGUGUUUCAUUCGCAAAAUUAACUCGGCUCACAUUGGUGUCUCGUUUACACCGCGUGAAGAGGGCGAAUAUCAUAUUAUGGUACGACACAAUGGCGUUAUAAUACCGAAAUCGCCUUUCCGAGUUCUUGUUGAUAAAAGUCAAAUUGGCGACGCAUCAAAAGUUGUUGUAACGGGGCACGGCAAAACAAAUGCAAUUUCCCAGAAUUUCAGUAUCUUCACAGUUGAUACGACCAAAGCAGGUUUUGGCGCAAUCUCAGUAUGUUUGGAAGGACCAUCAAAAGCCGAGCUAAACUGCACGGAGGCAGAAAAGGGCGUCAUCAGUUUUGCCUAUCGACCAACUGAACCCGGAACAUACAUGUUAUCAAUCAAAUUUGCGGAUGCACAUGUACCAGGAAGCCCAUACACGGUCGUCUGUACUGGCGAAGGACUGGGCUCCUUAAGGGAGACUGCCAGCAUGGAGAUGAAAGAGGCACCGGCGAUUUGGCCAGGGCAAGAGGCUGUGGUUAAUAUGCAGUUGCGAAAUGCUUUGCCCAUGGAAAUAACAGCAGAAGUGAGGGGCCCGGAUGGAUACAAAGAAACAGCAGAAAUCACCGAUAUCGGCAGUGGCUUGUAUCGUAUCAAAUUCAAGCCUUCGAUACUGGGCCAGCAUGCCGUUUCACUGUUCAGCGACAAACAAUUGGUAUCAGGUAUGAAACGCACCAACUUUCUGUCUCUUUGA